AUGUCAGAUGCGUUUGAGGAAGUUUGUGACGCCUUGAAGGCGUCGUUUACUGAUGAUAAGGAAGAUUCUCUGACGCUGGUUACCAUGAUUGACACCUUAUCUGAAGAGGUUGAUGAAGGCUUCGAGGUGAAGGAGAAAGAGCAGUUUCUAGAGCUGCUGUUGAAUCUUUUGGAAGCAGACACAGAACUUGUCAGUGCUGUAGGUUGGGAUUUGCCCCGCACACUUUUGAGAUUCUGCAAUGCCAAGAAUAUCAAGAAUUCUGAUAGAUUGAGAAAGUGUAAAGUUGUCACAAUAUGUAUGGCAAUCUUUAAUCUACUAGCGCUUCAUGCUAAACCGCAAGAAUGUCUUGUGACAACACUGGAAUUAUUAAGUGAGUUGAACUUCAAGAAUAUUGUUGAGGAAUGUCAUCAAUUGAGUGAAGACGGUUCCGAUAAUAAUACAGCUGAGGAGGAUAACGAUGCGGUGGAAGAUUAUAUGAAAGAUAGAGAUCAACCUGAGAUUAUUUUUGGUGUGAAGUCAUAUGCUUUAUUUGAACUAGCUGGUUCGUUGAUAAGAAGAGUUGCCACAUUGCACCCAUCAAAAUACUUGGAAGAAGCUGUUACCGCCAUACGUAAAUACGUGACAAACAAUACUGAGGUGGUUGAAGAUGUUAAAUUUAUAUUAAGGAGAGUAUUUGCCUUCUGCAGAGGUUAUAUACCACCCGAACCACCAAGACAGCUUAUUGUUGAUCUGAAAAUGAACCAUGAGGAAUAUGAUGAGAUUAUGAACAGUGAAAUUGAACUUCAGGUUAGAUUGCUAAGAAACCUUUGUACAUUUUCCGUAGCUUAUUGCGUCAAAUUCUUAAAUGAUAAGACUGAGGUUGUGUAUUUUCACAAAUUGAUAAACAAGGAUCUGCAACUGCCUGAAUUUUAUAGAUCAGUUCAUGAUAUUAUUUCUCGUUACUACCAAAUUGCUUUUUCAUUCGACAUAGAUCUAAACGAUGAGUUUAAUGAUAUUUUGAGGGAAACUAGAGGUAUCUAUGAAGAUGUUAUAAAACGUAUCAAUGAGACUAAUAACACUGACAAAAAUGCCAAGUCAGAUAUAUUACUCAAGGCUGGUUACUACUACGAGGUUCAGAAAACUGCUAGAGAAAAAGAAAUUAAUCCUGAUACCAAAGGUAUUAUACUGUUAAGUGGAUUUAACUAUAUAGAGAAUGGCGAUCAUCUUAUUGAUAUCGAUAUUGCCGAUGCACUUUAUCUAUAUUUAAGAUUUGCUUCGGAGUCUUUAUUCUCUCCGACUUGUCACAAUGUUACAAUAGAAGGAGUUGCAAGGUAUUGGAUUUGGGCUGCACUAACAACUACAGACAAUAACAUUCUGAAAGAAAAACUUGCUGAGCUCUCGCCGUUGGUAUUACAUUCUGUUUUAAACCUGCUUCUAGUUAAAAACUGUCAUCAAGUCAAUGAAGAAAUAAGAAUGAUCACGUUUACUUUAAUUACUAGAAUCCUCUGUUUAUUACCAGAAAAUUGCUCAUAUGAAUUUUUGAUGGAUGAGCUUGAUAAUUGUGCUGUUGUAUUUGGUAAAUCCUGUGUGCUAGGUAUUUUACGUGACCUUGUUAUCAAGGUUGAUCAUAGUGUGAGUAGUAAUAAUACGGAUACAGAAGAUCUAUCGGAAAGCAUGGCACAAUUAAAGAUCAAUAAUGAGAAACGAGCUAAAAAGACUUUCAUCACAUUAGAUCCAAAAAGGGCUGGAGAAAUAGAAGAUCUGGCUAUCAAAACUUUGAAGGAAACCAAAAAGUCAAUGAAGAAAGACUACAUUCUACUUGUAUUAAAUUACAUCAAAUUCUUCUCCACUUUUGCACAUAAGUGGAAUAAAUCUAAAUUAAAUGAAUUCACAACUUUAGUUGCGACCAACUUUUCGGAUAGUAAAAUGUUACCCGAAAUUAAUGCAAUUAUUGACGCUAAUGAGAAACUAAGAUCACUGACAGAAUAA